UUUUGAUUUGCAUCAUUCACACCUGUAGUGCAGUACGAGAAUAAAAAAAUAACCAAUGUUUUUCCGUGUACUACGUCUUCGCUUUGCCAGUUCUUCCACUGGUAGAAAGAUUCUUGGAGUCACUGGUGCGGCGAUAGCUGGUACUGCUAUUGCAACUUAUUUAAAAAACAAUGAAAUAUACAUGGCAUCAAAGCUUCGACCAGCUGGAAUAUUCAUGGCUGAGCCAAUUACAUCUAAAACGUUACUGGCGGCUAAUCCUGACGAUAUGAAAACUAAAAUGGAGCUGCUGGUUAUGAAAAUUCAAGCAGAAUUUUGUCACGCAUUACAAAACGAGGAAUUUUUUGGGAAAAAAUUCACUGUUGAUCGUUGGGAACGGAAAGAAGGUGGAGGUGGAGUAACCUGUGUACUUCAGGACGGAGACGUUUUUGAAAAGGCCGGGGUCAAUGUAUCGGUCGUUCAUGGUUUGCUACCAAAAGGAGCUAUACAACAAAUGAGAUCACGAGGAAAAGAACUCGCUGAAGGCGAUUUACCUUUCUUUGCCACAGGAGUCAGCGCUGUAAUCCACCCACGUAAUCCAAUGAUUCCCACAAUUCACUUUAAUUACCGCUACUUUGAAGUAACAGAUUCAAAGGGCAAUAAACAAUGGUGGUUCGGUGGAGGAACGGACCUUACACCAUAUUACCUCAAUGAGGAGGACGCACUUCAUUUCCAUCGGACUCUGAAACAGGCCUGCGAUGAACAUGAUAAUGAUUAUUAUCCUAAAUUCAAGGAAUGGUGUGACAAGUAUUUUUUUAUUCCCCAUCGAAAUGAAUGCCGUGGCGUAGGAGGAAUAUUUUUCGAUGACUUGGAUACACCAGAUGAAGAUAGCGCAUUCGAAUUCGUAUCCAGUUGCGCACAUUCUGUAAUUCCGUCCUAUCUUCCCCUUGUUCAGAAACAUAAAAAUGAAUCAUAUGGCGACCGCGAACGACAAUGGCAGUUGCUACGCAGAGGGCGUUAUGUAGAGUUCAAUCUUAUCUAUGACCGAGGAACAAAAUUUGGUCUGUAUACACCUGGAGCCCGAUAUGAAAGUAUUUUGAUGUCUCUGCCCUUAACUGCGAAAUGGGAAUACAUGCAUCUACCUCCGGUGAAUAGCAAGGAAAGUGAAUUAACACUUGUGUUGAGGAACCCUAGAGACUGGCUUAAAACAGCUCAAUGAAUUGCAAGGCAUUUAUUAUUUCUACAUUUUGUGUUAAUGUACGAAUACAUUUUCUAUCGGAGAAGGUCCAUGGCAAGUCGUUCAGCUUCAG